AACAAUACCUGGAUGUCGACCGUCGACGCGAUUCGGAACGGCGCGGCGCGUCACGAUGAGCUCAUCCGCCAGAUUGGCGAACUGGAUCACGCACCCCCAGCGCUGCAGGCCCAGCAGGAGCACGUCGCCGGGCUCGAGACGCGCCUCUGCAACGUCAAGAUCAACAUCGCGAAGUUCGAGAAGAAAACGGAGAGGGAGAAGAAGGAGCACAGGGAUGUCAAGGAUAGUAUUGUCAGGAAGCUCACCUAUCGUAUGACUGGCAAGGGCGAUAAGUUCAAGGAGCGCAUUACGAAGGAGGAAAAGGAGUUCGCCGACGCACUGGCCAAAGAGAUGCGGGCGAAGGAUUGGGCGGAGACGCUCCAAGGCAUGUUGGAUGAAGCGAUUAAGGUGAUGCAAGACCUCGCUGCCAAAACGGCCCACCAUACGGAGCUCAAAUCACAGCUCGACCAGUUGUACAGCUCCAUCUUUGACGGUCCCACCUCCGAAUUCCCAAUGGACGACCAACUUGAGCGCACGCUUUUACAAGCUCAGCAGCAGCAUGACCAGAUCCAGCAGCGGCUUAACAAAGAAUCUCAAGUCGUCGACCUCCUGCAGCGCGCGGACGACUGCUGCAGUAGAGCAGAGGUGCAGAUGAAGGAGGCGCUGGAUUACUCGACAUGGGACAUGUUCGGCGGUGGGGUGUGCGCAGACAUGGCGGAGCGCAACGCGCUCAACGCCGCGAUGAGCCUCGCGGCGCAGGCGGAGAUGAUGGUGCACCAGGCGUCGAUGCAGGCGAACAAGCCUGGAGAUGUGCAGCUUGUGCCGGCGCUGCAGUUGCCGCAGAUCUCGUCGUUUGGAGAUGUACUGUUCGACAAUAUCAUCACCGAUAUGAAUGCUCAUGAUAAAAUAGAAAAGUCGGCAGCCCAGCUCCGAGCCGCCCACGAAAUGGUCAAAGCACAGCUCGCCAGUGCACGCGCCCGCGCCGACGCGGUUGGCAACGACCUCGUGCAGGCAUCAGACAAGCUUUCGAGUGCACGCACCGAGCUCGCGGCUUACCGCAAGAACAUAAUCGCCCAUGUCGCCCACGGCAAUGACAACAGCGCGAACGCUCAGCCCGCACCGCGGUAUGCACCUCCACCCUACCUGCCUGCGGGCGAACCGAUACCUAUCUCGGAGGGACCGUCUUUAGGAAACCGAUAUGCUGCGCAUCCGGCAUGCGCUGGGGCGGGUGAAACUUCGCCAGGAUCGUGAGCGCCAUUUUUUGCAA